AAUGUAUCAGUUGGCCAUCAGCUGUGAGAGAGGCAGGAUGUUGGCGCCACUGAGGAACACACUUAUUUCCACCCUUAGACGGUUGCCAGUUAGGAGCGCGUCCACCACCAUUAUUCAAGAUGACCACAUUAACGACUUCACCGUGGAGAAUGAGCCACUACUGGGGUAUCUUCCGGGCAGCCAGGAGCGAUCGGAACUGGAGGUGGCCAUCGGCAAAUAUGAAGGGACCCCAGCUGACGUCCCCAUCAUGAUCGGCGACAAGGAGUAUCGGACUGACCUGGUUCGGCAACAGGUCAUGCCUCACUGCCACUCACACAGCAUCGCACAAUUUUACUACGCCACCCCAGAGUUGGUGCAGAAGGCCAUCGACGUAGCGGUGGCGGCCAGACCUGCCUGGGAACGCGUGCCUCUCUCGCAGAAAUUUGACAUGUGGCUCAAGGCCGCAGACUUGAUGGCAGGGAAGUACCGGCAAGCCCUGAACGCCACUACCAUGCUGGGCCAGAGUAAGACUGUCAUACAAGCGGAAAUCGACUCGGCAGCGGAACUUGUCGACUUCCUUCGCUUCAACGCACUGUACGCCAAGGAGGGGAUGAAAUGGCAACCCCGCAGCCCUGAACCCACAGCCACAGUGAAUAAGUUGCGGCUACGAGGCAUGGAAGGGUUUGUCGCAGCUGUUUCUCCCUUCAAUUUUACGGCGAUUGGAGGGAAUUUAGCGUACACUCCUGCGAUGAUGGGCAACACAGUGCUGUGGAAGCCGUCCGACACAGCAAUACUCAGCAACUACACCAUCUACCAAAUCAUGCGAGAGGCGGGUGUCCCAGGGGAGGCUGUCAGCUUUAUUCCUGCAGAUGGGCCAGUGUUUGGAGACGCGAUCACUGCUUCCCCUCACCUCGCUGCCAUCAACUUCACUGGCUCUGUCCCAACAUUCCAGCGUCUAUGGGGACAAGUGGGGAACAACCUCGCCAAGUACCGCAGUUUCCCUAAGUUGGUGGGUGAGUGUGGUGGCAAGAACUACCACCUCAUCCACCCCUCCGCCGACCCUGAGUCCGCCGCCAAUGGUACCGUGCGCUCCGCCUUCGAAUACUGCGGCCAGAAGUGUUCCGCCUGCUCCAGAGCUUACAUUCCAGAGUCGCUGUGGCCUGAGAUCAAGCAGCGCAUAGUGUCCACUCUACAGACGCUGAAGACAGGUGACCCUCGGCAGUUUGACUCAUUCAUGGGCGCAGUGAUUGACGCAGCUGCCUUCAAGAGAAUCAGUGGCUAUGUGCAGCACGCCAAGACCUCGCCCAACCUCACUGUGGUGGCCGGCGGGAAGUGUGACGACAGCGUUGGGUACUUUGUGGAGCCGACGGUGGUGGUGACGACAGACCCACAGGACCGCAUCAUGACGGAGGAGAUCUUUGGGCCGGUGUUGACGGUGUAUGUGUACCCUGAUGCUGCGGUGGAUGACAUGAUUGCCCUCGCUAACGACUCCACGCCCUACGCUCUCACUGGGGCCAUAUUUGCUAGUGACAGAGCGUGGCUGACCAAGGCGGCCGAUGCACUCAAGGACUCCGCUGGCAACUUCUACAUCAAUGACAAGUCGACAGGCUCAGUGGUGGCACAGCAGCCCUUCGGUGGUGCCAGGAUGUCAGGCACCAAUGACAAGGCAGGAGGGGUGCACUAUGCUCUCAAGUGGACGUCGCCUCAAGCUGUGAAGGAAACCAUGGUGCCGCUCAAAGACGUCAAAUAUCCUUACAUGGGUUAAGCCUGGAGGGACCGGUGGUGGUGGUGGUGGUGGUGGUGGUGGUGACUAGUUACUUUGGUGUGUGAGUGUGUGUGUGAUGGGUUCUAAGACAAUUUAUUCAUGUAUUUUUGUAUUUAUUUAUGUUUCUACAUAAUCACUACUUAUUAAUUCUUUUUCUUUCCUUUUUUUUCAUAAUUUUAACUAUUUUGAAGAUUAAUAUAUUUAUUUCUAUUCUUUUAAUGGAUUUCUGGCUAUUCACACUAUCAUUAUUUGUUAUUCUGCAUUAUGUUAACUAUUUUGAUGGUGGUGAGUUACUUUGGUGUGUGUGUGUGUGUGUGUGUGUGAGUGAGUGUGAAGGGUUACAAGACAAUUUUUUCCAUGUUUACCUUUAUAUUUAGUGUUUACCUGACUAUCUACACUACUACUACUUGUUAUUCAUCAUUAUUUUAGACUAUUUUGACCAUUUUCACUACACACACUACCACAGCAUAGCAAUAUUCACAGCCACACAGCUGCAAUACCACUAAUACACACCACAGCAUACCACAGCCCACCACACCUUACCACAGCAUACCACAUCAUACCACAGCCCACCACACCUUACCACAGCAUACCACAGCAUACCACGCCCACCACAGCUUCACCACAGCCUCAUAAUGUACGCAGAAAGUUGGACAUUUGAACAGACAUAAACACGCAACAUUCCUGGAUUAGCAUUACUCAAAGCUUUACAAACUCAGACAUUUAUCCCCUUCUUACGGCUAACUCUCAGACCUGCAAGGGGACUGGCAAUCAAGUGGGCCUGUUUUUUUUUCAUUGUUUUUCGUGUUCCUGGCCAGCUUUCUUUUCUUAUAUGAAAACAACUGCUUCUAGAAUGGCAGUGGUUCGGAGGUGGUGUUUGUGUGUGUGUGUGUGUGUGUGUGUGUGUGUGUGUGUGUGUG